CAUGUAAGAGCAUUUAAAGGCGGCGUGGAGGCUGGACGCAGCCCUCAGAGGACUGCAGGGUCGUGCAGCACAGCAGACGACUUCCCAGAGCUGCUGCACCACAGCAACACGACCCUCUUCUGGACACGGAGCAUCUAAACUUUCUACCAUGGUUGUCCCAAAACCACUAAAUAAGAAACAGUCUGAAAGUGGAAAAGUGUCAGGCUUGUCCUUCAUGCAUCUUUCUGACAGCAUAAAACAGUUCAACUUUGGUAAAAAUCUGUCACCGACGGACGCCGUCAUCCAGUUCGAGCCUCGGGAAUGUUCUGAGACGGAUGCCCUGCUCUCCAGUCGAGCCCAGGGAACCACGACGAGAAAGGAUGCGGGCCGUUCAGCAGAGCCCCUGUGCUCUAUGGUGCUGCAGAUCCUGGUGCCGUUUCUGCUGGCCGGGCUGGGCACGGUUUCGGCUGGGAUGCUGCUCAAUGUGAUUCAGAGCUGGGACGUGUUCCUGGAGGUCACGGAGAUCUUCAUCCUGAUUCCUGCUGUGUUAGGCAUGAAGGGGAACCUGGAGAUGACUCUGGCCUCGAGGCUGUCCACUGCGGUGAAUGCAGGAAAAAUGGAAAAUCCCAAAGAGAAGUGGGCACUGAUCCUCGGAAACCUGGCCCUGAAACAGCUGCAAGCCACUCUUCUGGGCUUCUUGGCUUCAUUCCUGGCGAUUGUCCUGGGCUGGAUGGCAGAAGGAGAGUUGUCCCUCAAACAUGUGGUGUUGCUGUGUUCCACCAGUGUCUCCACGGCCUUUGUGGCCUCGCUGCUGCAAGGGGUCCUCAUGGUUGGAGUGAUUGUUGGCUGCAAGAGGAUGAACAUCAACCCGGACAACGUGGCCACGCCCAUGGCUGCCAGCUUUGGGGACCUCAUCACGCUGUCCUUACUGGCCGGUUUCAGUCACUGGUUCUACUCCCUCAUGGACUUCUACCCGUACGUGUUGUACCUGGUCAACCUGUCAUACAUCUGUCUGAUCCCAGUGUGGGUGGCCGUCUCCUCCAAACACCCGGCCAGCCUCCUCCUGCUCCGUUCAGGCUGGGAACCAAUCGUUACCGCCAUGGUCAUCAGCAGUCUGGGAGGACUAAUUCUGGACAAAACCGUGUCCAAUCAGAAUUUGUCUGGAGUCGUACUUUACGCUCCGGUCAUCAACGGUGUCGGGGGAAACCUCGUCUCCAUUCAAUCAAGUCGCAUUUCGACUAAUUUGCACCUGAAUUUCUCCCCUGGGGAGCUGCCUGAGGAACGCAGAGGCUGCUUCAACCCGUGCCGCAUCUUCUUCGGUCCAGGAGCAAACCACCAAUCAGCUCGGGUUCUGCUCCUCCUGGUGCUCCCUGGUCAGCUGCUCUUCUUAUUCACUGUUUACCUGAUGAAAGGAGGCCUGACCGCCCCCAGUCCUCUCCUCACCCUCUUCUACCUGUCUGCGUCGCUCCUUCAGGUCUUCCUGCUGCUGUGCCUGGCCGACUGCAUGGUCCACCGUCUGUGGCGGCGGGGAAAGGAUCCCGACUCCUACGCCAUCCCUUACCUAACGGCCCUGGGAGACCUUCUGGGCACCGCGCUCACCUCUCUGGCUGUUUUCCUGCUGUGGUGCAUCGGGGACUAAGGCAGCGGGUAGAAUGUAAAGAAACUAAACGCAUGAAUGUAACGCUGGAGGAAGAAAGAUGAUAUAAACAUCUGUACCACACGGGUAUCCCUCAGUGUCUGCAGCUCUGCAUGAAAACUUCAGGUAGAACCCAAAUUUAUUCUCAUGGGCCAAACGUCUGACAGACUUUUGACUCCUACAACAACCUGAGUUCACCUGAAGGACCAGAACCAAAGGCCUCGUUAGAGGAAACGUCCCCACGCUGCAAAUGUGCAAAUAUGCUUUGAGACGACAGAGUUUUAGGGACAGUUUACAAACGUUUUUUUUAACAUUAUGACUUUCAAGACGUAAAUUUACGAGAAAAAAGUCUUCACUGGUAAAUUACGCGAUUUUCACGAGUCAUAGAUUCACAAGGAAAAAA